AUGCUUUUUCAUAUUGAACAUGCUCCGAACGGAUAAAAUUCGAUUGGAUCUUGUUAGUCACAUGAUACUCAACUGUUCAGGAGAUAGCAGUCAACUCAUUCUUCGCAGAUCUAUCCUAAGAGCAGGAUUUUAUUUCCUCUUCUUCUGCUACAGGUUAAUUGAAUUAUGAUAUGUAAACUUCAAGUAAGAAAAUCGAAACCAAAGUAUGAAAGUUAAAUACAUUUAUAAAAAAUGCAUCAUUGUUUAUCUAAUUACACUUUGGAUUCGCCGAAUGGCACCAUCACCACCCCUUGCAACGUUACUAAUAUGACAUCCGUUAGUGAAGACGAUGAUCUUCCAGAUGAUGUUAUUUUUUGGGAUCAUCCCGAAGAAAUGCUUAUACCAUGGCUUGUUAGCAAUUAUUUUUUUCCUAUCGUUAUCACCUAUAUCAUUACAUUUGUUGUGGGAGUAUCCGGUAAUGCUGUCGUCAUAUCAGUCAUGGCAGGUGAUAGAACAUCCAGAAACGUAACGAGCAUUUUUCUCGUAAGCUUAGCCGUUGCUGAUCUCCUUCUAUUAGUUAUAUGUGCACCUUUGGAUGUGGCACAUUAUUUUGUAGUUCAAUGGGAUCACGAAGGAGCCAUAUGUAAAUUGGCUGCAUAUGCCGAAACUGUAUCUGCAUUUGCAUCUGUACUGAAUCUUGUUGCUGUGACGUUAGAAAGAUUCGUCGUAAUUGUUUUCCCAAUUCGUUCAAGAUCUGUUUGCACCAUGAGCAACUGCAAAAAAUUAAUGAUUUUUGUAUGGAUCGUUUCUCUUCUGUUAGCAAUCCCUGCAGUCGCUACUAAAAAUAUCGAAAAAUUGAUAUUUACUAACCACAAAGUAACUGUGAUCCUCUUCUCUUGUAAAGAAUUGGAUGAUUGGAGAGGUUUUACAGUGGCUGUUUACCGUUUAGUUAUGCUAUUUGCUUUACCUUCCGUUCUGAUGAUUGUCUGUUAUGCUCGAGUUAUCAUGGAAUUGUGGAUCAGCACAAGAACUAUGGAUGAAUUAACUAAUACUGUAGCGAAUGUUGGGUAA